GUCUGGUAGAAAGCAGCGCCGUAGAGUAUCGCACUGAGUCAGGUCGACGCUGGGAAUUUGUGGAACCGUCGACAUCCCACCUUCACCCCGUUCUGUUGGAAAAAAGCCGACGUUCAACGGCCGCAUCUCGCAUGGAGCCCCCUACGACGUCACGUUUGGUUUCGUCCGGUAUCGACACAGCUAUACAUCGCAAACCAAGAUAAGAGGUGAACACGAGCGGACAUGAUGGCUAUGCUGAGCUUUGGAGGCAGAGCGGUCCUCAGCCUGAGGUCCUCCCUGCUCCAGGCCAGCCGCUUCUGCAGGAGCAGAGCAGUGCAGAGUCGUGGUGCACUUCCGGUUAAAGGAAGGCAGAUUUUAGCUGGCAUCCCCAAAGUGACACUGGUCUGUUGGGGUGCAGUCAGUGCUUCAUGUGCAGCCAGCUGUCAGGAAGCAGCUCUUCCCUCAUUGGUGCCUGACAGGAAGUCUCUGGCUAAAGUCCAGGUCCACAAACUGAUCUUCUUCCUCCGCCUCAGCCUCCGGGCUUUGGUUCUUCUCCUAAAGUUCGGUCCUCUCCUCCUCCUGUCCCCGCUGACCCUGCUUUCCUCUCACUGUGCCGAUCGCUGGCUUGACGCUUUGCUGUGGGUGACGGAGACCUCUGGUCCGACCUUCAUCAAGCUGGGGCAGUGGGCCAGCACCAGGCGCGACAUCUUCCCACCAGAGUUCUGCGAACGCUUCUCCAGGCUGCACGUGAAAGUGCGCCCUCACUCGUGGGCCCACACCAAGCAGUGUCUCCAGAGAGCCUUCGGAGAGAGCUGGAGACGGGUGCUGGUGUUUGAGAGCAAAGAGCCCGUGGGGUCGGGAUGUGUCGCCCAGGUGUACAGAGGCUUUGCCCGCGUGGACCAGGUGGAGGAUCCAGCCUUCCAGUUGCUUGUGGAGGAGAUGGAGAAGGAAGACUUGCUGGGAGCCUGGGAGAUCCCUGGGUUGGGAGGUGUGGUGGGCACUCUGCAAAAGCUCUGGAGGGGCAAUGAGGAAAGCCUGUUUGAUGAGCAGCAGGAGGAAAGCAGCGUGGAGAAGGAGCGGCUGAUUCCGGUGGCGAUCAAAGUGGUCCAUCCAGGCGUCAGGAGGCAGGUGGAGAUCGACCUGCUGCUAAUGAAAAGUGCAAGCUGGCUCCUUCAGUGCCUGCCUGGACUGAAAUGGCUCAGCGUGUGUGAGAUCGUGCAGGAGUUCGAGAAGCUGAUGACCAAACAGAUUGAUCUACGUUGUGAGGCCAAAAACAUGGAGCGUUUCCUCGAAAACUUUCGAGACGUCGACCAUGUCAGGUUUCCGACUCCGAUGCGGCCGUUUGUCACCAGGAACAUCUUAGUGGAAACCUUUGAAGAAAGUGAGCCGAUUUCUAAAUACCUGGCCUCGGAUAUUCCGAAGGAGGUGAAGCAGAGGAUAGCCAGAAUGGGAGUGGACACACUGCUGAAAAUGAUUUUCGUUGAUAACUUUGUCCACGGCGAUCUCCAUCCGGGAAACAUUCUGGUUCAGUGUCGGGCGCCUAUCGCUGCCUCCAGCGACGGUUCGGGCCUCUCGGGGGAACACCACGGGAAGACCACUCUCACCGACCUUCUGGACACGGUGGUGGUCAGCGUCAGGCCGGACCCGUGCCCGCUCCAGCUGGUGCUGCUGGACGCUGGCAUCGUAGCCCAGCUGAGCGACCACGACCUGGCCAACUUCAAGGCCGUCUUCACAGCUGUGGUGCUGCGUCAGGGUGAAGAAGUGGCAGAGCUGAUUUUGCAUCACGCCAGAGCCAGCGAAUGCCAGGAUGUGCCGCUGUUCAAGAAGGAGAUGGCGGAGCUGGUGGAUCACGCCCUCAGCAACACGCUCUCUCUGGGAAAGAUUCAAGUGGCUGACUUACUCUCCAGAGUCUUUGGUCUUCUCAUCAAACACAAGGUCAAGCUGGAGAGCAAUUUCGCCUCCAUCGUGGUUGCCAUCAUGGUGCUGGAGGGUCUGGGCAGGUCACUCGACCCCCACCUGGACAUCCUGGGUUUGGCCAAACCCCUGCUUCUCAAGAACUGUGCCUCGCUGCUGUGAAACACACCCGACACCGUCAGAUGGGCCGCUCUCUGAGAUCCUUCCCAUGCAUCUUCAACAUCAGGAGGGAUUCCACCAGAAACUACAGGAUGGUUGCAUCCAAACCACAGAGACCUCAUUAUGUUUUAAAAAUGAGAGUUUCUUCAUUUUUAUUCCUGAGUUUUGACUCAAAUUCUGUAGAAAUGCGUGUCUAAAGUGACAAAAAACUAGAGAUAAUAUUGAAACCAAUCAUUUUAAAACUGCUAUUAACAUCUGCAUUAUUUAUUACUUUAAUGUUUUAUUAGAAAGUACUGCACUGUACAUGUUUUUAUGUACCGUUUUAAUUAAGUUCAUUCAGUCGCUGAACAGCCCAACAUCCAUUCAUUUACAAUUUUAUUAAAUCUGUCAAUGAAAAACAUACAAGACACAGUUCUGUCAACGUCAUCAGGAAGAACAGUCAGCAUGGCUGAACGAGUAAAGAUCAGGAGAGUUUGGUGCAAAACAAAACCAAAAUUAAAGAAGAAAACAAGAAAAUCCUUUAUUGCAAACCCCCCCCUUUCCCCCCAAAUGACCCUUUAGAGCUCAGACGAAGCAGCACUGUUCAAGUAAGCAGGGA